GCACCCCUUGAGAGGAGAAGAGAAGUGAAGAGAGCAACACAACAACAUGGAUUUCCUGGACUGGACUUCUCAAGAUGUGGCACAGUGGAUUGAAUCCAUCGGAUUCUCCCAGUAUAAGGCCUGUUUCACAGAGAACUUCAUCACAGGCAGAAAGCUGAUUUAUGUCAACUGCUCAUAUUUACCUCGCUUGGGUAUCAAUGACUUCCAGCAUAUGAAGGUUAUCUCAGCUCAUAUUCGAGAACUGCUGGGCAUCUCAGAUGUGCAGUGGAGUCGUAGCGUCGCUGAUGCCCCUGAAGAUGACAUGAGUGUUUUUCUAAAGAUAAAGAGCUGUACUGGUCAGCGAGCAGAAUCCAUCACAUAUGACCAGAUCAAAAACAUCUGCCUAAAGUAACAAUGUGUACAAUAAAGAUAAGAUCUGUGAAGAUAAUUGUACUGUAUGUGUGCAGUAAUAAUGUCAAGAUGUGUAGAGGUUAAGAAUCAGGACAGUGUUGGCCGGUGACUUCUUUUCACAUGUAGUUAGCACAUCAUGUGUGUGGCUUUUCAUGGAAAUUUUGUGAACGUAAGCGUCUCUGUUGACGCUUUUGACACAUCUGCACUAGCAGGCACGUAUUUUGACAUGUCACAUGAUUGUACAUGACAC